AUGGCAGGAUGUGGAGAUGGUGCCGCUGUUUCGGUGGAGGAAUUUCAGGAGUUGCGUACACAAAUGAAUGAUUUGGUGCAGCAGCUCCAAACUCUCCAAUUGAACAUACCACGUCGAGAACCGCCACCAAAUGAGGAUGAUGAUAUUGACGAGGAGGAUGAGCCACCGCGUCGUCCCGCUGGUCGUGGACGUGGCGGGCGUGGUCAUGGUCUUCUUAAUUUUGGUCGUGCUCGGCGCAUUCCUGUUCGAGGUGGACGAGAUUAUGAUGGUGAUGAUGAUAUGUUGUCUGACAUGGAUGAUCAUCGCCAUGGUGGCCAUCGUGGUUAUCGUGACCGCCACCGUCGCCUUGAUGAUGAUGGUUUAAGCAAAGUGAAAGUGUCUAUUCCAAAAUUUAAUGGAAAAGAAAGUGCUGAUGAUUAUUUUGAGUGGGAGACUAAGGUUGAACAGAUCUUUGAUUUGUAUCCUUAUCCUCCUGUCAAGAAAGCAAAGCUUGCUGCAAUUGAGUUUUCAGGCUAUGCAAUCACUUGGUGGAAUCAAGUGUGUACUGAACUCCGACGCGCUGGACAUGAUCGUAUUACUUGGGAAGACAUGAAGAGGGAAAUGCGACGUCGUUUUGUUCCUGCAUAUUACUCUCGUGAUCUACAUUUGAAGCUAAAACGUCUUGUGCAAGGUACUCGUACUGUUGAUGAAUAUUUUCAAGAAUUGGAAAUGUGUUUACUUCGUACAGGGAUAACUGAAGAUGAGGAAUCCACAAUGGCUCGAUUUCUGGUUGGCCUCAAUAAGCCCAUUGCUGAUAAAGUGGAUAUGACAAACUACACAUGUCUCACUGAGUUGGUACAUUUUGCAAAAAGGGCAGAACGACAACUUGCUGGAUCUUAUAAAGAUCGUGCUUCAUUUUCAGCUCAUAAUAGUGCUACUUCAUGGCGCCAGUCACAGCAGCACGGGUCAGGGGUGCACACACCUACAUCUCGUGCAACUUCUUCCAAACAUUUUGAUUCCAAAGGCAAAGCUGUAAGCUCUACUCAGUCCAGCUCCUCUGCUACUGCAGCCCCAAGGCAUACAAGCAAGAUUGAGUGUUUUAAGUGUGGUGGUCAUGGGCAUAAGCAAGCUGAAUGUCCCAAUCGUCGUACGAUUAUUGCCCUUGCUGAUGGUUCAUAUGAUUCACAAAGUGAAGAGGAGGACGAGUUUCACAAUGUCUUUGCAGAUCAUACUCUUGACACUUGUGAGUAUUCAGCUGAGGAUGGUACUUUUGAGCUAGGUCUGAAUUGUUUAGCUAUUCAACCUAUUCUAACUUUUGCUCCCAGUGACAUGAUAGAAGAUGUUAUUUCUCCAUAUUCUAAUGAGAUUACUAGUGCUGAUUUUGAUGAGUUGCUUGCUGAUUUUCCUGAUUUGGAGCCUUCUAAAAUGAAUAGAUCAUCUCCUUAUUUGGUGGUUAGAAGAGUUCUUUCCACUCAGUUUGUUGCUGCUGAACAAGGACAACGUCAUAAUUUGUUUCAGUCCCGAUGCAAAGUGAAAGGUCAAGUGUGUCGUUUCAUCAUAGAUGGUGGGAGCUGCAAUAAUAUUGUUAGUGCCUUGCUUGUUGAGAAGCUUGGCCUACCAACACGCCGCCAUCCACACCCUUACCAUAUGCAGUGGCUGAAUAAUUCAGGGACAGUGAAGGUCUCAUCCAUGGUUCGUUUGUCUUUCUCCAUUGGUGACUAUCAUGGUGAGGUUGAUUGUGAUAUUGUACCCAUGCAAGCAUGCCAUUUGCUGUUGGGUCGUCCAUGGCAGUUUGAUGUGGAUUCGGUGCACUUUGGGCGGUCUAACAAGUAUACUUUCAUCCACAACGACAAGAAGGUGGUUCUUGUUCCAUUAUCUCCAGAAGAGAUCUAUGCUUCAGAUGUGGCUCGCAUGAAAAAAGAAGAAUCUGACAAAAGAAAAUUGAGUGAGGCUGCCAACACUAUGCUGUUCUUGAUCUCUUACAGGACUUUGAAGAUGUUUUUCCUGAUGAGGUACCAGCUGGCCUUCCUCCACUCCGUGGUAUUGAGCAUCAAAUCGAUUUGGUACCUGGAGCUUCUCUUCCCAAUCGUCCAGCCUACCGUGCUAAUCCUGAAGAAACCAAAGAAAUUCAGCGACAGGUAA